AUGGGCAACAAAGUAUCCGCAGUGAACGGCGUCAAGUCAGAGCACUUCUACGACCAAGGCAACGCGGUCAACGAGAUCUGGGUGGGAGACGUCGAAGUCAUCUCCCGUUUACCCUUUGGCGAUUCUGACCUCGAGCAAGCUGGCUGGCCCGUGGGAGACUUCCCAAAGAUCCCGUGGCAUCAUUUUAUCAUCCCCAUGCAAAAGCGACACGAAGCGAGCAACAUGACUGCCGAACUUCCCAAUAAUGGAACUGGUGGUAUUUGUCAGGACUGGCUUCCGAAGCAUGGAUACCUAGGCAUGUACACAAGCAUCUCGUCAACUGCGGCAUAUUUCAUCGGGGCUCUGUUCAUUUUCCUCGCGUUCAGCAUGUACGUCUCUUUUAUGUCCAGCCUCACCGGUGCUUUCUUGAAUUGGCAAUGGAUGCGAGAAGACUCUCAUCUCUACCCGGAUCCGGCUGCGAUUAGACGUAUGGCAAAGCAUAACCUUUGGAUUGGCCUCAUCGAAUCAUUUAUGGUGUUUGCUCUUUCUAUUCUCUGCAUGGUGCUGGGUGUGCCUGCUCUCGCUGCUGGCACAAGGAGAUUGGAUGCUACCACAUUCAUCUUGUUGAAUGGGCUUGGGGGUGGUGUUACUGCUAUAGUCUCAGGCCUCGUCCUCCUCCCCUUAUACAUGCUGUUGCGGACGAAAAAGCCACGUCUUGUGAAGAGUGGUCCUUCGUGA